GAGCGCUGCCGUGUUUUCGUCACCCGAUCUCGGAGUGACUUCAGGCCGGUGAGAGGAGCUGCCCGUCCGGUCAAACUCUUCCAGGAGUGCCGCGGAGAGCCAUGGCGGCUCUGUCGGCUCAGUCUGAUGAAGACUGGCAGGACUUUAACGAGUUUACAGCGGCCUCGGACGCCACGUCGGAGCCGGUACACAGUGAGCCGGAGGAGCCGCAGGAGCCGCAGGAGCCGGGGCCUGAGCCGGAAUUCUCGGCGUUCUGCUGGGACGUGGAGGACAGUGUGUCCGGGGAGAAGAGCAGCUGGAGCUCCGCGCAGGAUCUGGUGCAGGAGUUCGAGCAGAAGCUGAGCUUGUGUUUCAGAAAGAACUUCACAGACACUGAGAACAUCUCCGAUAUCAAACCCAUCACCGAGGAGCACUUACUCCGAGAGGACGAGAUAUGGAACGCUCUGACGGAUAACUACGGGAACGUGAUGCCAGUGGACUGGAAGACGUCUCACACUCGUUCUCUCCAUCUUCCUUCGCUCAACCUCGUCCAGCAGCCGAAGGUGGACAGUGUGAAUCUGGACCUGUCUGAUGAUGAGGAGCUCAGAGAGCAAAUGGACCUUCACUCUAUCAUCGUCUCCUGCGUUAACGAGGAACCACUGUUUACUGCAGAACAGGUGAUCUCGGAGAUUGAGGAAAUGAUGCAAGAUUCUCCCGACGCAGACUCGGAGCAGUGUGUGUCCCCGCCAGACCUGUCCAUCCUGUCCCAGGAGCUACACACACUCACACACUCCUCAUCUACCAGCAGCUAUGAAGAACGUCUGCGUGGGAUGAGUGUGUGUGAGCUGGAGGCGCUGCUGGACGAGGUGGAGAAGAAGAUCCGUGUGUUCUCCGAGGAGCUGAUCGAUCAGCUGGCCCUGCGUGACGAGCUGGACUUUGAGAAGGAGGUGAAGAACACUUUCAUCUCGCUGCUCAUCGAUGUGCAGAACAGACAGAAGGAGGUGAUGAAGAGGAGGAGGAAGGGCAGGAGCACGGCCGGGACACCCAGAGGAGAGCGCACACACGCACCCGGGACUUAUUUAACUACAGUUAUACCCUAUGAGAAGAGAAGUGGUGCUCCAUCAGUUGAAGACCUGCAGAUCCUCACCAAGAUUUUACAUGCCAUGAGGGAUGACAGUGAUAAGGUUCCCAGCUUGCUGACUGAUUACAUCCUAAAAGUCUUAUGUCCUACAUAACCCGGAUGAACAGAAUUUUCCAGAAGGAUCCAGAUGAAUCUUGGGAUCGUGUUCUUCCUCCAGAAGACAGAUAUUUUUUAUCUUGACCCUUUAUUUCUAUAUUUCGCUGUUUUAAUGUGCUAGUAAAGUUAUUUUUAUAUUCUCCGGGCGUUUACGUCUCAGAGCAGUGUUCAUUGCUGGAGCUCCCUCAGAGACACCGACCAAUCAGGGACUGAGAUUGGUGUGACAUCUCGAUUGGCUCCGUCUCAAACAAUAGGCAUGUUUUUAAUCAUGCGUCAUGACUUUUUGGUAAUUAGCACUUAGCGUGUACGAGUUAGCAUGCUAAACACUAAACACAUGCGACUGCUGGGUUUCACCUUCCAGUUAAUGGAGCUCUUACUUUACACCUUAGUUUGUAACGGACGUGAAACGUACGAACACUAACUCGACGUAAGCAUUAGGCGUAUUUUCAUAUUCACGUUUUUUUAGCCGUAGCUGUAACGAGACUCGGUUUAAUGGCUGUUUCUCCACGUUGUUAGAAGAAUUUCUAUUUUCUGAUGCAGUCAUGUUAAUUACGAAAUGUGAAGAAUGAUCAGAUGUUUCGUCUGAUCUAACGCUCAGCAGCCAGUCGCACCGCUAACGUUUACGAUUUAAACGUGGAAGAAUACGUCACGCGAGGGUCACAUGGUAUCACCACUGUCAUGAAUGUAAAUAAUUUCAGAAUAAUAAUUAUUAUAGCAGGCUAGCAUUACAAGAGGAAUAUGUUUAGUGAACAUGAUGAGCUAGCUAAUAUUUUACAUGAAUGAACACCAAGACGCUAACAGCACAGUAGCUAAACGUUGCAUACGGACUCUAGCUAGCGCCCGAAUGUAGCGACGGUUUAGCUUUGCGCUAAGCUACGAGCAAACUUACGCUCACCCGGUGUGACUGGUUGCAGACGUUUCAGCAAAUUAUUUUUUUAUUUCUUAUCGACUGAGAUUUGAUAGAUUUGUAGUUUUGAUAAACAAAAAUUAAAUGGAAAAAAAAACCAACAACAACAAGCAUGUACGUGAACCGGUACAAUUUAAAAACGCGCACAUCAGUGUAGCUAAACACAGCGUUACAUUUAUUACCAUUUAAUAACUAUAAAUAUCGUACUGUCAGUAUAUCGUUACUCCUUCAAGGUUCUACACAGAACCGUACAACAGUGUUUCCCAAUCAGGAACCUUUUAGGACGCAAGAAAGUUCCCUGAUUAUCCAAAAACGUCUUGAAGAACCAAGUGUUCCAAGUCUCGAGAAACUAGAUGUUAAACUCCUGUCAGGUUCGAAGUUCUGAGAAGGAAAAACGAGCAAUAAUUUGGAGUUUAUACCGCACACAUUCAACCCAGAUAAUACACACACUCUUAGAUGCUCUUAGAACUAAACGGUUCUUCAAGGGUUCAUCGGAUAAUACAUUUUUCAGCUUCCAAAAAAAGGUUAUGCUUCUUACAGGAACCUUUACGGGUGGCUCUGGAGUGACGUCCGACAAACUCUUCAUUACCUGACGAAGGAUAAAGAAUACAGAACCCUUGAAGAACCCUUUCUUCUUCAGAAUGGUUCUUCUAAGGUUCUUUAAGCGUUUACUGGAUGAUAAAGGGUUCUUUGCUUCCAAAAAAUGCAUUCUAUUCCGAAUUCUUUCCGAUAACGAAGAACCUGUAAGGGUUCCUCCAGAGUGACACGCGAAGAACCUUUUGAGUUUUGGUUGUUUUUGGGAGGUUUUUUGUAAGGGAUUCACGAGCACGUCUGAUAAAGCGAGUCAGAACCAAACUGCUGGACGCAAACAGAACAAUAACGAGAGAAUAGAACGGAGAACGUUCUAGAUAAAGUCUAGAAAACUUUUGCUAAUUGCAGAACCGCAGCAGUUUUAAAAUUUACUUCGGAGAACCAAAGAUGGACUUGUAUUUCCAGGUGUCUCAUCAUUUUAGUUUUUGCUAGUUAGCAUUUAGCAUCAGAAGCACAGGAUUGUUCUUUUUUGAGGUGUUUUUUAGCAUGUAAUGUUUAACGGUUUUGUCUCUGACUCCGCUAAUAUUUUAUUCAUUUGCAUGUUUUUCUUCUUGUAGCGUGGACAUCAUGGACUGUCGUAAAUCAUCAGUGUGAUAAACAUAAUUCGGUCACAGAAUUGACUUUGCUAAAGCUAGCUAGUUUGUUUUGUAUUUUUUUAACUGGAAAAGCUAGCUAGUGUUAAAACACGGGGCUAAAAUUGACUACAAUACCCAGCUAAAUAAAUAGCUCCGUAAAAUACAGGAUGAAACAUGGCUCGCUGGUUAGCGUUGCACCGGCGGUUGUUUUUGUAGUAGCUAGCUAGUUUUGUAGAUAAAGUACAGGACGCCACACCAGCGUUAGCUGCAUGCACUUUUUAUUUCUUAGUUUUAUAUCUUUAGCGCUAAUGAGAUUGAGAGAAAAAAGGGAAGUUUUUCAGUGAGGAUCUAAAUAUCCCAUGAUGCUUUGCAAGGCGUCCAUUUUAUACUCGUUUCUGAUCGUUUCAGAACUGUUUUUAACGCACCCUGUGUUAGCAUAUAAGCAUGUUAGCUUGUAUAAUAAAGCAAUAAUUUAUUGAAAUGCUUCACGUUUGAUCGAUGUUAGCUUAUGAACAUGGCUACGGGUUUUAAUUCCACGAUACAAAUGUUUACGGAGAGUUAUCUAAUUUAAUGAUAGCUUAGCUACAGAGCUAGCUGGUUAAAAUUAGCGCAGUUCGGUGUUUAGAUGUUGUUAAACUACUGUAUUGUGCAAUUAAAGCCGGUAUUUUAUGCCAAACGCUAAGUCGAGGAGAAGAAGUGAAAGGAAAAAUAAAGACGUGAACGAGGGAGCGUUAGAAACGGUGUUGAAACGCGAACAUUUUAGCGCUGAGGUCAUUUUCAGCUCCUCAGAUUCACAAGAGAUUUUAUAUUUAUAUUUUUUAAAAAUAACAAGCAACAGAAAUGCUGAUUUUUUUUUUUUAACUGCCUGACAUUUUAUACAUAAAGUUAUUUUUAAAGCAGCAUUACCUCAUAGUGAUUAAUUUAUUUAGUUUUAUUACCAGCUCAUGUUCUGUAACAGUACAAAUGUUUUUGUGCCUCAUGAUUCAUCUGCAAUAAAUGCUAACGUGCUAAAAGUGUUGUCUGAUUGGUUUAUUUAUUUAUAAAGAAAAUAACUUUGCAUUUCCAGCAGAAUUGUGGAUUUUAAUCUCUUUGGCUAACAUUACCUAACUAAUUUAGUGCAAGCUAGUCACUGAAAGCCUUGUGGUCCAUGCUAAUUCCCUGUAGUAGAAUUAGCCUAGCUAGCACAAUGCAGUGCAGCUUCUGAGGUAAAGUUAGCAUAAAAUACCAUUACCAAAUACCAAUACCGAGCUAAAAUGCUUUGUGUUUAUUUAUGAAGGAAAAGAAAUCUAGCUACAGCGCAGCUUCAGUGAUAAUAUCUACUUAGCUAACGGGUGUUAAUGCUAACGCUAACUCGAGAAUUAGCAGAAAAAGUUUAAAUUAACCCAGAUAGCAUCCGGAUGUGGGCCACUUCAGGCUGUGAUACAGCACUGCUGCUGGCCUUCUUUUGGCC